CAUGGCUACCCCCGACGCUACAAUGAGCGCUGACGGUGAGGAGCACAAGUGGAAAGAGGAGGUGGAGAAAGAAAAGCCAUCAGAAGCAGCGGUGAAGGUCCUCCCAGCAGAAGACACCGGAGACCCUCCUGCACUCCUGACUCCGAGGAGGAAAGCCCACAGAGAGAAGCACCCCCUGCAUUAUAGAUGGGUUCUGUGGUUCUUCAGGAAUGACCGGAGCCGACCCUGGCAGGAAAAUCUGCAGCCAGUCACUAAGUUUAACACUGUGGAGGACUUCUGGGCGACGUACAGACACAUCAAGCUGGCCAGCAAGCUCUCUUCCGGCUGUGACUAUGCUCUGUUCAAGGAUGGCAUCCAGCCCAUGUGGGAAGACUACAGGAACAAGCGGGGUGGCCGCUGGCUGCUCAGUCUUGCUAGACAACAGCGCCACACGGAACUGGACCGUCUGUGGUUGGAGACAUUGCUGUGUCUGCUGGGGGAGAGUUUCGAGGAAUUCAGCCAGGAGGUGUGUGGAGCCGUUGUCAACAUCCGCACCAAGGGGGACAAGAUUGCUGUGUGGACAAGCGAGGCAGAGAACCAAGCAGGAGUCAUGCAUAUUGGUCACAUAUACAAAGAGCGUCUGGGCCUCUCUACGAAGACCAUCAUCGGGUACCAGGCCCAUGCAGACACUGCUGCCAAGAGCAAUUCUUUAGCCAAGAACAAGUUUGUGGUGUGACACCGACCUCAGUCACCGGUCCUGGGACACCCUCCUCCUGCAGUUUGGUGCACAGGGAAGUGUGCCCUGUGGAUAGCGGGGCAGACAGCUUGGCUCUUUACCUGUCUCGGAAUACACAUAUGCACCCCCACCCCUUAGAUAAGCUCUCACUAUGUUGCCCAGGUUAGCCUCCUAUUUAUGGGCUUAUGACAUCCUUCCGCUCCAGCCUUAAUAACCGGGGUUACAGGAGCUGAGCUCCCCAUUGUGUCUGGGUUCAUGAAAGACUCCUUCCCCAUUUGUUAGGCCCAGGCCUGUGGCAGCUGGCCAGUGUUUAUAAACCACACUUGACCCCUAGCUCUCUGUGUGGCCAUUUGGCAAAGGCAGGGUGAAGCCAAGUCCUGGCUCUACCCCGUCAAAUGAGGACAGGAGAAUCCUGUGGCCAACACUUCUCUGUGCCUGUCAGGAAAAGGGACUGGGUGAGCUGAGGCAGGCUCUUCUGUCUUGGAAAAAGGCUCUCGGCCACUGUUGUUAAAAGUAGUUCAGGUUUUUUGGUGAGCAUUGCUUUGCAGUUUGGGUGCCCAUCCUAAACCCUGUCCUUUCCCUACACCAGUCGUGACUUGGUCCUCGCAUCGGCUGCCCUUCCUACCCGCUGUACCCCCACUACUGGAGUAGGUUAGAGGGCAAACACUGGCAUUUGUGAAGACAGGCAGGCUCUGGGAACUGAGAAAGCCUCCCAGUUCUCUCACGAUGGGAUAAGAGUGCAGUGGGUUGUGUGUCUCCUGCCCGAGGGCAAGGCUGAAGUGGAGGAGUGAUAAACCCUAACACCGUGAAGAAACUACUGGUGGUGUUUGGGCCUCUCCGUGG